AUUGGUGGCUAUAUAGACAAGUCGGAUCCCUGGUCCUCCAACUCAUACCUGAAUCUAUUAGCAAGUUAUUCGAGAGUGUCAAACAGCACGGAUUGCUGGAUUUGUGGGACCAUAUCAUUCAGCGAGGAGAGCAGUUACCCAUAUGUUGGUGUUCCAUGGACAUUGGAGGAGUUAAAACAAUAUAAUAAUACAGGAUUCGGCUGGUACCGAGAAGAAGGAAAGCCACAAUCAUUGGACAGAUUGCAUAUUAUAAACCGCCCCCAGGAAGGUGCUAUUUGUAUCAGUUCACAUAACAAUGGAGCCAAUGCCACUAAAAUGGGAUAUUCUAACUGUACAUCUGCCUGGGUAAAGGGCUAUGGUAAUGAACAACAUUGGGCAAUGACUGUCAAAGACUCCAGCCCAAUGGUGAGAGUAAUAAGUAUGACCUCUCAUGGUGCAAUAAAAAGACUGAGCUUUCCCUUUAUUUCUAUACUCCUGGACACUUGUUUUAGUGGGGCCCCAGAUAAUAGUUACAGUGUCCUUCCCAGAGGUGUGUAUUUUCUGUGUGGUAAUUGGGCCUAUAGAUGGUUACCUACUCAAUGGGAAGGAGAAUGUUACAUUGGAUCAAUCAUCCCCGCCAUAA